GCUAGGGAACUCCUGGGAGGGAAAGGUCUCUGGGAGACAGAGACGACAGAGACAGAGACAGACACCACCUCCAGCUCUCCGUGCCCACAGGUUCAGCCUGGAUCUCGCACCCGGGACGCUCAUUAGGUUGAAGCCAGAGGCAGGCGGAGCCUGCGGGUCGUGACCCAGUCAGCACCCGACACCCCGGCCCCAUGAAGACGUCUCAGGGCCCAGCGCUUUGUCACUGGCGCAAGAGGCUUGAGAGGUUCUGUCCCGGGGCCACAGCCCUCAGCCCCGUGGAGACAGCUCCCAUGCCACCCCCGACCACGCCGGAGCCCCUGGCCCACUGCGCGGCCUGGCUGGACGCCUACUUCCGGAAGCCGGACACCCUGGGCACGCUGCCCCGACCCCCACUACACCACCCCAUCUUCCAGCAAGAGUCCUUCACCAGCCGGGUGCUGAGGAGCCUACAGGAGCGCAUGCCAUUCGGAGAGGUGCUUUCUUACCGGCAGCUGGCGGGGCUGGCGGGCAGCCCCAGAGCCUCGCGGGCCGUGGGCAACGCCAUGAGGAGGAACCCGGUCCCCAUCCUCAUCCCGUGCCACCGCGUCAUCUGCAGCAGCGGGGCUGUGGGCCACUACUCCGGGGGACACGGCGUGAAGGAGUGGCUCCUGGCACAUGAGGGCCGCCCGGCGGGUGACACUGGGGGGCCCCGGGCAGCCGGGAGGGACGGAGUGUGUGUGGAGGAGUCUGUGCGGCAGCUGCUGUGACACGGGGAGGUGUGUGGCCCGAUUAAAGCCGCCGAGCGUG